GAGCCGCCAUUAUUGUCAAAAUGUGACAUAGAAGACACAAGUACCACUCCACCGAGUACUUUGUACCACAAUGGGCACACCGUGUAACAGGGUAAAUAUUCAUUCACAGUGAUUCCUUAAGCGGCCCAGGAGUCCAAAUUGAUCUGAACAUCCCAGAAAGCGUACUUGACUCAUAUAGCCAGUAGUUCGCAUUCUUCCUUUAAUCUUAACUUCCCAACUAUCAAAGCACUUAUCCUCUUCCAAAAUGUGUUGCUUUGGCAUGGCCAGUGGAUCUCCUCCGCUCCACUCACGUCCUUUUGUUCCACCCCGAGUCAUCGAGUAAGCUACUUUGUGACGAAUCGUAUACUCCCACCCACCUACAGCUCCAAUCUCGGCACAACCAGAAUGCCGAUUUUUGUCGAACCAUACAUACACAGAACCAUUGUACCCAUGCCACUUGACAGACACCUACUACAUCAAUCUCCGCACCACCCUUUACAUAAUGGCAAUUUGGCAUACCGAAGGCAACGAAGUUUUUCGCUUCAUCAUGGGUCGAAGAUCCAUCAUGCAGGAGGGUCUAAUGGACUUGGAGGACGCUGGGGUAGUCGUGGAGCGUUUAGCAGACAUCAUUGAAGUGAGAAAGGGGGGUAGAGUGGAUAUGUCGCUUACGAUGUAGAAGCAGGUGGGGCUUACAGAUUCAUACUGAAAUCGAAAUCCUUAUAAAUCUACUCCUAUAAUCGAUGUCUGAAUUUUGAGCUUAUCAAUCUAUGUUCUCCUAUAGUACCAAGGAGAAUCAGAGUAACAUGUUGUACCCAUGUCGACAAGAUUGAUUUCCACUCUUUGACCAAAUUCUGCAUCCAACAAUGUGCUGAGCCACUAAGGACAAUCUUUGUAAAUCGUGAAGUAUGUAAAGAAAGAACA